CAAUGACCGAACAGAAGCAGCCGUAAUCGGCGGUGGCACGCUGGGGGCAGGCGACUGGCAGUGCGAUGCAUUUUUCUGUAUGAUUAAUUUCAGAGUGUUGAUUUUGUGAAUGAUUGCACGCCGGUGCCAGCACAAUAGAUUGCAAUGGCACCGGGUUGGCAAGAGAUCGCGUCGCUGCACGUGGAGCAGAUAACGGGAUAUGUCAGAGAAAGCCUGUCCACCGGCCUCGUCUAUCUGAAGUCUGAGCUGGGAAUAGACUUAGGGUUGAAUCCUGAUCUGUGCGCUCCAUGGCUGCUUCUUUUAACGGCCUGGGCCGGUCUGGUUCUCCUGCUGGUCUUAUGGGUGUCCGUUUGUCGCGGUUUCUCCAAAAGACUCGCAGGGACAGAAACCGGAGACUCCGAAGAAAAUACGGGUCCAGCGCAACCGGUGAAGAAGGCAGAUGAGCCCAAGAGGAGGAACAGAAAGAAAAAUACAGAGAAGAAAGCACAGAGGAAUGGACUUGCUGUUGAACCACAGGAGGAGGUUAAAACUGCAGAUGAUCAAGAACUAGCAGAAGUGAAGGCUGACAAGGGAAAGAAGAAUAAGAAAAAGACAAAAGCUGCUGCAAAAGAGAAGAAAUCCUCUACAUCUGUUGACGGCAAAGAGCCUGAUGAAGCGGGCGGGAACGUGAGUGUGAUGGUAAAUCUGACAGGUACCUGGGAGACCAAGGUCAGUAACCGAGAGAAGCGUCAACAGCGGCGGAAGGACAAGGCUCCAGGUGAUGAGUCCGGCAGCCCGGUACCAUCAGCAGCUUCCGGUGCCACAGAGCAGAUCCAAACCACCCCAGAAGAACCAGGGACCAUCAUCACAUCCGCUGUUUCUACACCUCCAAUCCAAAGAGAAGUGGAGGUUGACCCACCUGAAAUUGAACCAAGUUUUGUACAAGACACCGUUAUUCCUCAAGUGACGCCGUGUUGGGAGGAAGUGCUGACUGUAAAUGGCUCUGGCUGGAGUGAUCUGGGUCUGCAGGUUCCCCCUCACAUGACCAGUGUUCAGACAGAAAGCUGGACCAGUAUGACCACCCCGACUGAGCGUCAGACCAGCGAACCCUCUGUCUGGCCACAAGACAUGGAAGGUUCAUGGACUAUUGUGGAUAGACCUAAUAUUCCUGUUUCAUUCAGUGGAUUGCCUGCUGUGCCUGACUUGAGUUGGAGCGCUCCGCCUGCUGUGCCCGUGGAUGAUGAGUGGUCCGGAAUAAAAAGCUCAUCUGCAGACCCAUCGUGUGACUGGAACGCUCCAUCAGAGGAGUGGGGGAACUAUAUUGAGCAGCAGCCUGUGAGCACGGCACCGCUGGAGCAACCAGGCACUGAAGUGAUGCAGGAAUCUGAUAAUGAGAAGGAUAAAGAUGAAUCUGGCGUCCCUGGUAGCGGUAAAGCGAAGAAGAAGAAAAAGAAGAAGAAGAAGGUGGAAGACGUUGGACUUUCUGCUCAGCCACAGGUGAAGGCAGAAAGCAUUGUGACACCGACUCCGAGCACGACAGUAAACGUCCCAGCUGCCAUAGCAGGGGCACGUGCUGAAGAUGCUCAACGUGUUGCACCAUCAGCCCCAGUACAGACGCAACAGAAAAAGAGUGGACCUGAGCCAACCGACAAAUCCAAACCUGCUCCAACACAAAAAAAAACAGACGACACCUUGGAGUCCGUCAAACCCAUUAAAAAGAAGAAAGCUAGACGAGAGACAUGAAGAAACGAAUGAGACGAGACGACAUAUGCAAUCUUGGGCUGUACAGAAUUUCAUACUUCCUUAGUGAUUCGUUUUGUUUUUUUUGAUACCCUUCAUCGAAUGUGUUGUGAAUCCCAUCCUAGUGUCCACAUCCCAUUAGGUAUCUCUAGAUGACAAUGUACUGUAACGCUACACGUCACAUGAAGGACGCUUCAUUCGGAAAUAGAUUCUCUUUUUUAAUGUACGUUAAUUGCUAAUUAUACUGUCAAUUUGAUAUGAUUUGUAUUUGCAGCAAAAUGUUUUCUGUAAGAAGAUCCUGGUGAUCCUCGGGAAAGCACUAGGGACGUAUCCAGAAGAACACUUAAAAGCACUCCACUUUUUCCUUUAGGAAAUAGGCUCAUUUUACAAGUCACCUAGAGCUAAACCAUUCAAUUUUACCGUUCUUGAAGCCAUUCAGCCAAUCUCUAGUGCGCUUUUAGCUUAGCUUAGCAUAAAUCAUUGAAUCUGAUUAGACCAUUAGCAUCUUGCUCAAUUUUAAAAGAGAGUUUUGGUAAUUUUCCUAUAUAAAGCUUGAGUCUUCUGUAGUUACAUCAUGUAUGAAGACAGAUGAAAAAUGAAAAGUUGCUAUUUUCUAGGUUGAUAUGUGUAGGAACUAUACUCUUAUUCUGGCGUAAUAAUCAAGGAACUUUUCUGCUAUCAAUAGGAUAAUUAUCGAAACAUCUCAUAAAACGCACUAGGGACUUAUCAAGAACAUUUAAAGGAACACUCCACCUUUUCUUUUGGAAAUAGGCUGAUUUUACAAAUCGUUCAGUUUUAUAGUUUUUAAGCCAUUCAGCCGAUCUCUGGAAUGCUUUUAGCUUAGCUUAGCAUAAAUCAUUGAAUCUGAUUAGACCAUUAGCAUCUUGCUCAAAUUUAAAAGAAGUUUUGAGAAUUUUCUUAUUUAAAAGCUUGAGUAAUCUGUAGUUACAUCAUGUAUGAAGACAGAUGAAAAAUGAAAAGUUGCUAUUUUCUAGGUUGAUGUGGGUAGGAAUUAUACUCUUAUCCUGAUGUAACAAUCAAGGAACUUUUUUUUUUUGUAUCAAAACUUCUCAUAAAAAGCACCAGGGACUCAUCAAGAACAUUCAAAGGAACACUCCACUUUUUCUUUUGUAAAUAUGCUCAUUUUACAAGUCACCUAGAGUUAAAAGUUAAAUUUUACUGUUUUUAAAAUCAUUCAGCUGAUUUCUGGGUCUGGCGAGGGUGAUUUUAGCUUAACUUAGCAUAAAUCAUUUAAUUCGGAUUAGACCAUUAGCAUCUUGCUCAAAUUUGAGUUUUGAUAUUUUUUUGAUUUAAAGCUCAAGUCUUCUGUAGUUACAUUGUGUAUUAAGACAGAAGCUAUUUUCUAGGUUGAUGUGUGGAGGAACUAUACUCUUAUUCUGACAUAAGAACUUUACAGCCAUAAAUGGGUUAAUUAUCAAAACGUCUUGUAAAAAGCACUAGGGACGCAUCAAGAAAAUUUAAUGGAACACCCCACCUUUUCUUUUGGAAAUUUUACAAGUCUUUGGCUAAUUUUAGAAGUCACCUAGGACUAAACAGUUCAGUUUUAACAUUUUUGAAACUAUUCAACCAAUCUCUGAGACUAGCUGGAGUGCUUUUAGCUUAGCAUAAUUAAUUGAAUCGGAUAAGACCAUUAGCACCCUGCUCAAAAAAAGUGUUUUGAUAAUAAUCCUAUUUAAAGCUUGAGUCAUCUGUAGUUACUUCAUGUAUGAAGUUGCUAUUUUCUAGGUUGAUGUGUGUAGGAACUAUACUCUUAUUCUUGCGCAAUAAUCAAGGAAUUUUUCUGCUGUAAAUAGGAAAACUAAAAAACUUUUUUUUGAGAUGCUAAUGGUCUAAUCCGAUUCAAUGAUCUAUGCUAAGCUAAGCUAAAAAUGUUCUUGAGAGACCUGGAGAUCAGCCGUAUGGAUUCAAAAAUGGUUAAAAUUAACUAUUUACUCCAGGGGACUCGAAUAUAAAGUGGAGUGUUCUUUUAAAGCGAUAGUUGACCCAAAAAAUGAACAUUUACUCACUCUCAAGUUGUUCCAGAGUUUUUUUAUCUGUAGAAAACAAAAUCUGGUUGCCAGAUUUCUUCAAAAUAUCAUAAAAAAAAAAAACUUGCGUCUUAAACAAGUGAGUAAAUGACAAUUUUUUGGGGGGGAUGGACUGUCCCUUUAAGAAACGCACACAAGAACCUAUAGAUCAUUAAGCUGUUACAUAACAUGGUGAGCUUUGUCUCAUCCUUCAUUCAUGAAAAACACUGAGAUGGAUAAGAGUGCACUAACUUUGCUGGUUUGUUUUACUAUCAUUAGGAGGAAAAGCAGCAAAUCAAGCCAUAUGUGAAAACCGUGACAAACUCUGAAAGACUUGCUGCUGGCGAGUGCGAGUAGAUGACGCUAUUAUCUGACAAACAACUUCUUAACCGUACGCUUUGGUGAAGUAGUAGUGACGUCGGCCGGGUUUUUUUUUUUCGUGAUCAGUGUUAUACCAGGUACAGCAGUGUCAGGAAAAUUAAUGCCUUAACUUGUGUUGUGCAAGACGGCAGCAACAAUCUGUCAGCUGCAUGCUGUUUCCUCUUUCGUAUUUAUUGGUUACGUUGUGUUUAACAAGUAAUAAAAUUUAAGAGUUUCUUUGCA